AUGACAACUCAUCACCCUCGUCAAUUCCCUAUAAUCCUCAUAACAGGUACACCCGGAACCGGCAAGACCUUACAUUCGCAAUUGGUUCAGCAGGAGAUGUCAGAGAGUGAAAUACCGAUGAAACACCUGAACAUAGGUGAUAUAGUGAAAGAACAGGGCUUUCAUGAAGGGUGGGAUGAAGAGUGGAAAUGUUGGAUAGUCGAUGAAGAGAGGUUGUUGGAUUAUCUGGAAGGAGUCGUUAAUCCUGAAAAUGGACCGAAUCAAACCGGAUUUAUACUAGACCACCAUGAUCCUUCUUUAUUCCCAGAACGAUGGGUAGACUUAGCAGUAGUCCUGACAUGUGAUAAUUCGGUGUUACAUGAACGUCUAACAGCUAGGAAUUACCCCCCAAAUAAGAUCACUGAAAAUGUCACUGCCGAAAUCAUGCAAACGUGUCUAUCAGAAACUCGAGAAUCGUAUGACGAAGAGAUAAUAGUGGAGCUGCAGUCGAUGGGUCAAGUGGAUAAUGAAGUUGAAGAGAAUGUGGAGAGGAUAGUGGAAUGGAUUGGACAGUGGAGGAAAGAUAGGUUGGAGGGGAAACAUGAUUAG